UUCAUCGGGUCGGACGCGCGUCGUUGGUGCUCUCUAAAUAAAUCUGAUUAUGAAUUAAACCGUCACGAAACCAUUGUCUAGUAGCAGUUAGAAACAUUCUACAACAAAGCACGCGAACAGUAAAACCAAACAAUCGAGAUGGCAGAGCCAGCAGCAGCUGAACCGAAGACUUUUGCCAACGGAAGUGCGGGUGGCGCGGUGGGAAUCGCCGAGUCCGCCAGUGCGGUUUUCGAGGAGAAGAUGAAGCUCCAGCUGGAGGACGUCAACGAGGUGACGGCGGUGCCGCGCUACGGCCUGAAGCUAAAGUUCGAUCAUGUAUGGCCCGAGCGGAGGAUACAGAACGUCAGGGCCUCCUUGAAGCAAACGCUGCCCAUGGUGCCGCUUGUGUGCAGAUAUGCGGCCUACUACUGGAAAGUGUCGCGUGAAGGUCGCCGGGUGUACAUGGAUUACUACUACAUGGAGAACGGCAAGCAGAUCUAUGGAGUACCCAUUGGUGGAAUUGGUGGUGGAACCAUUGGCCGGGGCUAUGCCGGUGAAUUCUGUCGCUUCCAGAUGCGUCCCGGCAUCUACGAGUACAAUGUCGUCCAGGCCAAUCAGUUUAUUGUGACCAUUAAGGACCACAAAGGAUGCACCAUCUUUCAGAGUCUGCUCUCCAAGUGCAGCAGGGGCAGCAGCAACGGCAGCGAUCCGGAUGGAUCCGAUGGUGAGAAAACUAAAUGUCAACUGCCCAAUUGCAGCAGUCGCUCCAAGCAGCCGCUGAAUGCCUGGCACUCCAAUAUCGAGGAUGCGCGUUGCAGCUACACGGGACUCUAUCCGCGCUCCUGGACCGAGUAUGAUCUCUCCCACUAUGGGGUGCGUCUGACCUGUCGUCAAGUAUCUCCCGUCAUUCCGCACGAGUAUCGGGAGUCUAGUUUGCCCUGCGCCGUUUUCGUCUGGAGCGUGGAGAAUGUGGGGGAUCAGGAGCGGAAGGUGUCCAUUACGUUUACCUUUAAGAACGGAACCGGAAACAAAAAACAGGAUGCCGAAGGCGGAGCCGAGUCUCAGCUUAUCAGCGAGGGGAAUGCCAAGGGUGUUGCCAUUAGGCAAAAGAUUGCCGACAUGCCCUGCAGCUAUAACCUAGCUUGUCGCGUCCUUCCCGAGAUCAGCAUUAGCCGCUGUCCCCAGUUCGAUCCAGCUGGCAAUGGAGAGCAGCUGUGGGCCCAGCUCAAGGAGCACGGACAGCUCAGCGAGCAACCCACCACGGAGACCCUGAAGACCAAAGACAUUGGUGUGGCUGUUUGCGCUCAGGUGGCCCUAAAGCCAAAGGCCUCGCACGAGCUGGAGUUUGUGCUGGCCUGGGACAUGCCCAAGAUUCAGUUCCCCCGAAAGAUGCAGACACACACUCGCUACUACACCAAGUACUUUGAUGACAGCGGCGAGUCUGGCCCAAAGAUCUGUGACCAUGCCCUCAAGAACUAUGCCAGUUGGGAGCGUUUAAUAGAUGCCUGGCAGCGACCCAUUCUCAACGAUGAGACCCUGCCUGACUGGUACAAAUGCGCCAUUUUCAACCAAUUGUAUUUUAUUUCGGAUGGUGGCACCAUCUGGCUAAAGUGCGACUCUUCGCUGGGCAAGGAGUUGGCCUAUGAUGAUCCCAGGCUGGCCUAUGGCCGAUUUGGAUAUCUAGAGGGCCAUGAGUAUCGCAUGUACAACACCUACGAUGUCCAUUUUUAUGCUUCGCCGGCGCUGGCCCAUCUCUGGCCCAAUUUGCAAGUCAGUUUGCAGUAUGACUUUAAGGAUGCCAUAGCCGCAGAGCUAAGUGACACCCGGAAAAUGCUGUACGAUGGCAAAGUGAUGCCGCGAAAGGUUAAGAACUGUGUACCCCACGAUCUGGGUGAUCCCGAUGAGGAACCCUUCACACUCAUUAACUGCUACAAUAUUCACGAUGUCAACGAUUGGAAGGAUCUCAAUACAAAGUUCGUUUUGCAAGUCUACCGUGACUACUAUGUCCUCAAUGAACUGGCCCAGGCCCAGGCAGAUAAUGCCAGCAAGUUCAGCUCCAUCGAAUUUAUAGACAAGGAGAGCUUGUAUGAGAUGUACACUCAGGACAACAAACGUAAGAAUUCGGCGGAUGAGAAGCAGCAAAAUCGUAAAUCUGCAUCCAUGUACAUCAACGAAACCAAUGGUAAGGUCUACCUAAUGGACGCCAUGGGCUAUUUGAAAGCCAUGUACGGUCCCUGCAAGGCCAUUAUGGAGCGGACCAUUGAGUAUGAUAAGGACAACGACGGCCUGAUAGAAAACACUAAGAUGCCGGAUCAGACCUACGACUCGUGGGUUAUGGACGGCCCCAGUGCAUAUUGCUCGGGUCUCUGGCUAGCCGCUCUACAGGCCAUGUCGGCCAUGGCCACCAUACUCGAUCAGCCGAACGAUUGCCUGCGGUAUCAGGAUAUUCUCGAGAAGGGCAAGCGAUCGAUGGAGGAGAAGCUCUGGAAUGGCAGCUACUAUCGCUUCGAUCUGUCGCACGGCCAUCGGGACACCAUUAUGGCGGAUCAGUUGUGCGGUCAUUGGUAUCUAAAGUCCUGUGGCUUUGACUACGAGAUCUACCCGAAGGAGAAUGUGCGAACGGCUCUCAAGAGGAUCUACGACAACAAUGUCAUGGGCUUUCACGAUGGAAAUAUCGGGGCGGCCAAUGGCUUCAUUGCCAACUCCAGUGAGCCCACCAAACCUGGCCAUGUGGACGGCAGCAACAUCCAGGCCGAGGAGGUGUGGCCAGGUGUGGUUUAUGCCCUGGCAGCCACCAUGAUCCAGGAGGGAAUGUUCGAUGAGGCCUUUCAGACGGCCGGCGGAAUGUACAAGACCAUUUCCGAGCGCAUCGGCAUGAAUUUUGAGACCCCAGAAGCGUUGUAUGGGGAGAAACGCUAUCGUUCCAUCGGUUAUAUGCGACCAUUAAGCAUCUGGUCGAUGCAGGUGGCGUUGGAGAGGCGGCGCUCUCAGCGCGACUAAGUCGAAAGUACAAUCAAUCUAAUCCAAAGUCUAUUCAUUGUGUGCUAUACAUGCAACCAAAGAUAUUUCUAAGUCAGCACAAAGAUGUUUUUAGCUUUUAGUUUAGUGUCCCUCUGUCGAGAUGGAAAGAGUAUUCGAGCUUAUUGGAAUGGAGGUGCGAGUGUUGGAGUUGAGGUUUAUGUUUUGAUAGCUUUAUAUUUACGUUCUCCAAGUCUUCGCUGCCUUCAAAGUCAGUCACAAAUCAAACAGCUUUUUCUCUGUUGAAGUACAACUACGCAAUGGUAUUCGAAACGGAGCACAAUUCGUAUUUAAAUGUUAGCUAAGCAAAAUAUUUAAACCAAUUAUAUCUAUUUAAAUUAAUUAUUUAUGUCUAAUAAAUGUAUUCCAAUGUGUGUAAGCAGUUGCUUUAUGUAAUAAA